AUGCAACCUUUCGAUCUCCAAUUGCCUGAUGGCAACAACCUGGCUGGCCGUGUAUACAGCCCUCAGCAGACAUCGAAUGUUCGAAGAUACAUGCUCUUGUUGAUCUGCGUGCACGGAGGCGGCUAUGAUGUAGAGUACUUUGAAAUUGACUCACAGCACUCUGUUGCGCGCGACGCACGAGCUUCGACAGUCCCCGUGAUUUCACUCAGCAGACCCAGCUACGGUGGAAGGACCCCUCUUGCGACCAUUGCCGACGGCAGAUCCUCUGGGGAACAACAGAGGCAGUAUCUAAACACGACAAUCCUACCAGCACUCUAG